AUGCGGGGCCCGCACAGCCGCCCCCAGUGCACGCCGGCCCACCAGGCGGGCGCCCUCCUCCUGGUCGCCGUCACCUCCCUCCUCACCCGCCUCCUCUCGGCCCCUGCCCCUCCCCCGCCCUUCCCCACCCCCGGCCCGCGGCUCUCCGCCGCGGCCGACCACCUCCGCGUCUACGUCUACGCCGAGGACGAGGUCGACGGCCUGCGCGCGCUGCUCCGCGGCCGCGACGGCAGCGUCUCCGCCGCCACCUGCCUCAAGGGCCAGUGGGGGACGCAGGUGAAGAUCCACCAGCUUCUCCUGAGGUCAAGGUACAGGACACUGGACAAGGACGAAGCGCAUCUCUUCUUUGUUCCCAGCUAUGUCAAAUGUGUUCGCAUGACGGGGGGUCUCACCGACAAGGAAAUCAAUCAGACAUAUGUCAAGGUUCUGGGUCAGAUGCCAUAUUUCCGCAGAUCGGGUGGGCGUGACCACAUUUUUGUCUUCCCAAGUGGCGCUGGAGCUCAUCUGUUUCGCUCGUGGGCAACUUUUCUUAAUCGAUCCAUCAUCCUCACUCCGGAGGGUGACCGUACUGACAAGCGAGGUAUAAGCGCAUUUAAUACAUGGAAAGACAUUAUUAUUCCGGGGAAUGUGGAUGAUUCUAUGGUGAAACCUGAUGCUCGUGCUGUCCAACCAAUUCCGUUGAUGAAAAGGAAGUAUUUAGCAAACUUUCUUGGUCGUGCCCAGGGAAAAGUAGGCCGUCUUAAAUUGGUGGAGCUGGCAAAGCAGUAUCCUGACAAGCUGGAGUCUCCAGAACUGAAGUUGUCUGGGCCUGACAAAUUGGGUAGGGUUGAUUACUUCAAACACCUGAGGAAUGCAAAGUUUUGCCUAGCUCCUCGUGGGGAGUCUUCGUGGACGCUUCGCUUUUAUGAAUCUUUCUUUGUGGAAUGUGUGCCAGUUCUUUUAUCAGAUGAGGUUGAGCUCCCUUUCCAGAAUGUGAUUGACUACACCGAGAUAUCGAUAAAAUGGCCAUCGUCCAAGAUCGGUCCUGAACUUUUCCAGUACCUUGAGUCGAUACCAGAGGAAAGGAUCGAGGAGAUGCUCGCCCGUGGACGCGAGGUGAGAUGCAUGUGGGUGUAUGCCCAGGACACUGAGCCCUGCUCCGCGAUGACUGCCAUCAUGUGGGAGCUGCAGAGGAAGGUGAGGCGGUUCCACCAGUCUGCAGAAACCUUCUGGCUUCACAACAGGUCGAUGGUGAACAGAGAUUUAGUGGAGUUCCAGCAGUGGGGAACACCUGUUCCAUUACCAUGA